CUGCAUUGGUCAGUGGGAAAGGGAACAAUAUAGUGUGGGCUGCUGUGGGAGAGGGAGGGAGUGUGGAAUGGAGGGUCGUGGGGAGGGAGCAGGGUGGAGAUACUGGGGGGAGUGAAAGACACUGAGCUACAACUGUGCAGCCAAGGAAACCAUAGAAACACUUCCAAAUCCACAAAAGGAGACAAACAAAAGCAUUCCUGUGAUUCAGGUUAAAAAGACAAAAUAGAAACGCGUUUUGCCUUGACAGAAUUAAGUCGAAAGACGUGACGGGACAGUUCUCGAGUAGAAGUUUAAUGAACGCAUGAACUCUUCAAGGACCAAGAAGAAUUAACCAACAAACGGGAGGACAAUGAGGAUCGUUUGGUUCUUACUUUCACUCAGCUUUCUGUUCUGCUGUGUCUUCGCGCAGAACUCAUCUGUGACUUCCGUCCCGGUUGCCACUGACCUCACUACUACCGCAUCUGCGAGUGAGGUGUCAACAACAUUAAUCUUAGGUGUCAAAACUGUCAAAACUGCGGCGACAUCUAGAACAGAUCCUCAAACUACCCAGACAGGGACAUCCAGUGCUGGCCCCAUCACGCAUCCAGGCAUCACUGAUGCCCCCACUACUGGUACAGUUCCAGUUGAAAUAGCCACAUCUACCGCUUCACCUCCACUGGUCACCUCCACCAGCAUCGCAGUAGUCAAGACCGGAAAUGAGCCGACAACUAGUCCUGCCAUUGUCACCACACCCUCCAGCUCCAUGCCCACCACUCUUCAAACAGGACAGCCCGACCUUACAAAAACAUCUAACCUGAAGGUUACAACACCCAAGGUUCCAACCCCCGAGGUUUCAACACCCAAGGUUCCAACCCCCAAGGUUCCAACCGCCAAGGUUCCAACCCUCGAGGUUUCAACGGAUAGCACAGCGGUACGACAGUCCACGACUUUUUCAGUGGACGCUAGUACAAACAGAAAAGAAGAACAAACAACUACGCCUGAGCAGACAACACCAGUUGACAGUUUUGUUCCAGCUACAACUCCAAGUGCAAUCAUCCUUCAAAAAUCAGCCUUGCAAACCACCACCUCCAUGGCCACUACCACAAACCCCGAUAAGACAUUUAAGUAUUCCUUAAACAGCAAACAUCAGGUAGAGGGAGACAAAGAACUGACAGAGCUGUGUAAACGUCUGAUGGCAAAUAUGGACAAUGGAAGCUGCACGUUAACCUGGAGAGAACAAAAUGGACGAAAACUGUUUGGAGCUCCAGUUAUAGAAGGCAUAGUGAAGCCCAAUGUUAUACAGCAGUAUUAUGACGAAGUCUCUAAGAAACCGACGGAUAAUAAAACGCUAAUAGCCAUUCUGGCCUCCUGUGGCGCUCUCCUUGUUAUGAUCUUCAUCCUCGCCAUUUGUGCUUCUCACCACCGUAGGCCAUACAAAGAAAACCAGUUUUUUCUACAGCAACAGCUCACGGAGGAGAUGCAGACGGUGGAAAAUGGUUACCACGACAACCCCAUGCUGGACAUAAUGGAGGUUCAACCGGAGAUGCAGGAGAAGAAAUUGAACAGGGAGUUUAACGACAGCUGGAUCGUUCCCAUAGAGAACCUGCUGAAAGAGGACAUUCCCGAUGAGGAGGACACUCACCUGUAGACAGUCGGAGAAGACGCUGACCCAGCCCACUCACUCGCAAACUGCCAUGUCCCUUUUUGACCCAGGGAUUUUGUCCCUAAAGCUUCAGUAGAUAGGACCGUCCCCACUAUUUAAAUGGAGUUAUUCUACAAUAUAUUUAUGAUGUGCUAAAAAAAACGACCCCACCGUCGCGGACAUUCAGUUAAUGAUGUUUUGGACAAUCAGUAUCCUUGAGCGCACGAGCAACAUAACUGUAGACUAGUCUACAAGUUUUCACAUUUUCUAGUACUCUUUUAGUUCUUCAGUAAAAGACAGAGCGCAGGAGAAAUCCUACAACAGGUCCUGUACUUUGGAGGUGGAACACCUGAGUUGAGUUAUAUAUUUUUUUGCCUUUUAGCUUUGUUGCUAAAUAUGUGUUGUAUUGAGCGACUUGCAGUGUUUCUGUGUGAAUAAAUGAACA